GAAUGAAAUAAUGAAAUAAACAGACGAACUUGUUAUUGAUAAAGUUACACUCAUAUUAAACAGUUUCUUAUUUUUUUUAUCUCGAAGUUAGGUAGAGCAAGUUGUUUAUCUUACUAUAUACAUAAAUGUUAUGUCAAAAUGUAUUUUCCAAUAGGAUGGCCAAAAGUACUGAAGAACUUGGGAUCAGAUGGACAGGCAGUCAAACAAAUAGUUUCAAAUAGGGAUAAAAUUUUGCUUGUUUCAUUAAAUGAUGAUUCUUUUGUUAUUUGGUUUUGCAAGCCAACUGUUCCAAUUGUUUUUCAUAAGCGUAAUACGGAAUCCCUUCAGAGGCUUGGUAUCAAUAUAGGAGUGGAAUGGAAACCUGAUUCUUCAAUGAUAUGUAUUUCGACAUCGGAAGGUCAUUUAAUAAUAUAUAAUGUGGAAAUGCAAAGUGAGCAGACAGCAUAUAAUCAAUUUGAUCCACCCACUGCGAGUCUUCGGAGGGAUUCUGCAGAGUUGUUUGUAAAGGAGACGAUUCCGUCACUUAAAAUUACGCUGUUUAAGGAAAUUUUGGUAUGGGAUGGACAAAUUACACGGAUGUGUUGUAUAUCGGGUACCGAGAUUUUAGUGUGUACUACUCGCGCUCAUCUACUACGCUACCGGUGGGAUGGUACACAGAACAGAGACUACUGCUUGGACCUGGGGCGGAUUCCAUUUUCGAUUAAUCAACAGGUUUCUAAAGCUGAACCCAUCCUUGAAGAUAAUACACAUGUAAAUGACAUUGAGUACUCUCCACUUGUCUGUGGCUUCGGGAUUACACUCAAUGAUGGCCGCGCGGCUUACCUUACUGCACCUAACCUCAAAUUUGAUCCAAAUGCAGUACAAGGAAUUUGGGCUCCGGGAAUCGAUGACGCGACCUGCGUGCGAGUUAAUCAUAAGUUUAGACUUAUAGCUAUUGGCAGGAAGAAUUCUCAGGUAGAUGUUUUUACGAUAGACGAGGUUACUGGAGGCUUGGAGUUGUCCCACACCAUGGUCCUCAGCUCAAAAGACUUCCCGGGGGAUCCGGGACCUGUGAAGUGCAUAAGGUGGACGGCGGACGGUCGCGCGGUGUGCCUGAGCUGGGCGCGCGGUGGCGUGUCCGUGUGGAGCACGUUCGGCGCGCUGCUCAUGUGCUCGCUGGCCUGGGACUACGGCCUCAGCCAGGACCUCGCGCACCACAACCCGCUCGUCGUCUCCAGCAUGGAAUGGGCUACUGAAGGAUACCAACUUUGGAUGGUUAAAAUUGAGGGAGACUCUAACUCCAACCUGUUACAAAUGGAUUUUGUAAAAAGUCCCCUCAGUGUCAAUCCUUGUAUGAGCAAUCAGAGACACUUAUAUUUGCAAGCGGACGACAAGCUCUACGUGAACUUAGAAGACAACCUCACUAGGAAAACAAAGAUAUCGAUGAUCGACUCAUCCGACUACCAAGAUAAUGGACUACCAGACCAUCCGACUCUGGUGUAUGAUAACAAUGCCAAGUAUAGAGAGUUUAUCGAUGACAACGAAUGCAGAAAGCAGUGGAUUGUAUUGCCAUUACCGGCGACGUAUAUAGCAACCAACUGGCCUCUUAGAUACAGCGCGAUGGACGAGACGGGCGCGAACGUGUGCGUGGCGGGGCGCGCGGGGCUGGCGCACUACAGCUGCGCGUCGCGCCGCUGGAAGCUGUUCGGCAACGAGGCGCAGGAGAAGGACUUCGCCGUCGCCGGCGGCAUGCUGUGGUGGCGCGACUACAUCGUCGUCGGUUGCUAUAGCAUUCUGGACGGACAUGACGAGAUUCGCUUCUAUCCGCGCGACGCUAAGCUGGACAACCGGUUUGCAAAGAUCGUGCGCGUGCAUGCGCAGGUGUUCGCGCUGGACGCACUUGACGACCAGCUCGUCGUGUUCGCCUCGGAUGCGCUCGUCACCAUCUACGAACUCAGCGUCGUGAAUAACAACGGCGGCGUAGAGAUGCGGUGCGUGCAGGCCGUGGACAUAUCUGCGCUGUCGCACCCCGCGUGCGUGGUGUCGGCGGCGCUGUGCCGGCUGCAGGAGCAGCCCGGCCCGCCGCACCUCGCGCGCGCGCCCGCAGCCAGCCCGCUCGCGCCCGACUCGCUGGUAAUUAAUGCUAGCGGAAAACUAAUGAUGGUACAGAGAGAGGAAUACGAUGUGGACGAAGAUAACAAUCCUGCGUACAGCUGCCUGCCGGCCACGGUGCUGGCGUCGUGCGUGGAGAGCGUGUGGUGCGGCGGGGGCGGCGGCCAGCAGACGCAGCUGUCGCGCGCGCUGUGGCUGUGGUGCGGCGCGCUGGGCGCGCGCGUGUGGCUGCCGCUGCUGCCGCGGGACGCCUCGCGCCGCCCCGACUCCUCGCGCCACACCUUCAUGGCCAAGCGCAUCAUGCUGCCCUUCCAUCUUAACAUAUACCCGUUAACCAUACUGUUUGACGAUGCGAUACUCUUGGGUGCGGAAAAUGACACAACUCUUUAUGCGUCUGACUCUAACUCCGUGUUUUCGUUGCCCUUCUGUGUUGUAAAUAGAACGAGCCAGGUGUACCUUCACCAAAUCCUUCGUCAGUUGUUGCGACGCAAUCUGGGCUACCACGCGUGGGAGAUCGCGCGCUCCUGUGCACAGCUGCCGUACUUCCCCCACUCAUUGGAACUUCUUCUCCACGAGGUGUUAGAAGAAGAAGCAACCAGCAAGGAACCGAUCCCAGACGCGCAGCUGCCCAGUGUUAUAGAGUUUGUUCAUGAGUUCCCCGUCUAUUUACAGACGGUUGUGCAAUGUGCGAGAAAAACAGAAAUUGCUCUUUGGGCAUAUUUAUUCUCCGCGGCGGGCAAGCCUAAGGAGCUGUUCCAAGAAUGCCUCCAGAAGAAGAUGCUGGACACCGCCGCCUCGUACCUCAUUAUAUUGCAGAACCUGGAGAGUUCGACAGUCAGCAGGCAACUCGCAACACAGUUACUGGACACGGCGCUGCAACAGGAGAGAUGGGACCUGGCUAGGGAUCUAGUGCGCUUCUUGAGAGCUAUAGAUCCGAAUGACGUCGAUUCGCCGCGAAACUCGGUGAAUGUUCAAGCGAAAUACGGACAGAUCGUGCAACCACAACCUAACGCUGAGGACCUGUCUGUUAUACUGGGCAGCAUGCAGGUGUGUACUCGUUCGAAUUGAAGGAGUAGGAAUAGGAGAGUGGGUCAGUAAGAAGAACAAUGAACAAGUAAAUUAAAAGAUACAUUUCGGCAUUGAUUCAAUUGCCUCAGUGCUCAUUGGAAAUCCUUUCGGGGAGGCCUAUACGCAUUUCAUAAAUAUGUUAUCUAGAUUACUAUUAUUUAUAUUCCAGAUAAUUUAUUAAUUUGAUGCGAACGAUUCAUUAUAAUUUUUAGUUUAGUUUUUUUAAUUUUUUUUAUAGGAUAAGGGUGACGAGCACACAGUCCACCUGAUGGUAAGUGGUUGCUGCGGCCCAUAGACAUCUACAUCUAUCCUCGUUUGCGAAUCAAAAUGUAGAUGCGUUGCCACCCGUGAGGACUAAGAUGGAAUGCCUCAUUUCCAGUCAAAAGGGCCUCCGGCCACCUGCACUCACCAAGCGAAACGCAGAGGUAAACCUCUACUUCACGCUGGUAUUCUGUGAGGUCGUGGUACCACCCCGGUUCGAGCCGGCCCAUCCGUGCGACAGCAAAAGCUGCCGCGUGGCUCUACCACUGUCAAAUAUACUUAUUUAUAAGCCACUGCUUGGCUAUAAUCCAAAUCCAAGGGAAAUGCCAAGAAAUGUAUGGCUUACGAGAUAUGAUGUUUGUGCGAUACGAUUAAAAGUUUUGCUUCAAAGCGUGACGUUUGAAGUAAAUCCUGUCUAUUACGGGAAAGGCUAAUGUCCGAGCAGACUUGAGGGUUAAUGAAAAUGAAGAUUAUUGAACUAUUAACUGUUGACCAUCUUCAUAAGGGUUAAAUAAGUCGUAAAGUGAAUAAUAAUAGCCUCUAAAUGAUCCACGACAUUUUCUGCCACCAGGGCGGCGCCACUUAAAAAUAAGCUGUAAUAUUUGACAGAUUUCAUAGCGGGGAAGUUAAUUUGUUUGAAAAAUGUAAAGGUUAAAGUUUCUUUCUGUACUAUUAGUUAUAUUUUAUAUUAGUUGGAUUUUAAAUAAAUAAACCGAACCACAGAUCUUCAUACAUGC